AAACCCAAAAAAGUGAGGCAAAGGUCACCCAGCCGCCUGCAGGGAGCUCUACAGCCCCGGCUCAACCCGGACGGCCCAAGGUUCGGUUCGGACAGUUAGGUAACCAAAGCAGAGCAGACAACCAAUCAUCAGGAAGAGCUUCACCAGAGGAGUCCAAAGAUCACUCAGCUGCUUGAAAAUUAAACUCCGCCAUGUCUGCUCGCGGCGUGUGUCAGAACAUCAUAAAUGCUCGGCAAAAGGGAGACGGUCAUGGGACCUUAAAAAACCCAGAGAACUUUUUACAGCAGAACUACCAGGAGCUGAAGGAGUACUGUCUGAUCCGAAACAUCAGAUACAUCGAUGAACACUUUCCCCCAGACAACAGCUCAAUCGGGGUGGGGAAGCUAGACCCAGCUGACCUGGCCCAAGUGGAGUGGCUAAGACCGUCGAAAAUUGUACCCAAUCCAUUCUUUGUGCUUGAUGGUGUCUCCAGGUUUGACUUUGGUCAAGGAAAAGUUGGAAAUUGUUGGUUUCUAGCAUCUCUUGGAGCGCUGACGUUCCACAAAGACAUCUUCAAGAUGGUUGUUCCUCUGGACCAGACAUGCUUUGGAAAGGACUACUGUGGGCUGUUUCAUUUCAGGUUCUGGAGGUUUGGGAAAUGGGUCGACGUGGUGAUUGAUGACAAGCUGCCUACAAUUAAAGGGAAAACCAUCUUUGCUAGUUCCAAAGAUGAGUGUGAGUUCUGGCCCGCCUUGCUUGAGAAGGCCUAUGCCAAGGUCUGUGGAUCCUAUGCGGACAUGAGUUGUGGGACCCCUGCAGAGGCCAUGAGGGACUUCACCGGUGGUGUCCACAUGUGUAUCCCGCUGUCAGAGCCUUCUCCGGAUCUCUGGAAGCUGUUGUGCAGAGCGGCACGCUUCAACACAUGCAUGAGCUGCAGCAGCAGACCAAAAGGGGAAGCCAUUACUGGCACCACUUUUCCAAACGGACUGGUCCCAGGCCACGCCUACACUGUGACGGGUCUCAAAGAGCUGCUGAGCCAAGGAACGGUGGUGAAGCUGGUGCGUCUAUGGAACCCCUGGGGACACGGAGAGUGGUCCGGAGACUGGAGUGAUCUGUCUCCGCUGUGGCGAACUGUAAGCACAGAAUAUCGAGAAGAAUGCCUGACGGUGGAAAAUGACGGAGAGUUUUGGAUGACCAUGGAAGACUGCUGUAAGUAUUACUCCAACAUCGCCAUCUGUGGCCUGGGCCCCGACUUCCUGGAUGAAAACCCAGGUUCUCAGUGGAAGACCUCCAUGUAUGAGAACCGCUGGGUCGCAGGAACCACAGCUGGAGGCUGCAUCAACAACAAAGAGACCUUCUGUAACAAUCCCCAGUAUCGGAUCAAGGUUUAUGGAAAAACUAAUUCCUCUAAAGCCAAAAACACUCUGGUGUCUCUCAUGCAAAAGCCUGACAAGAGGAACAGACGAAUGGUGCAAAACCAUUUCAUCGGGUUCACCAUCUAUGAGCUGUCAGAAAAGAACGCAACUCAUGUUGGAAAGUUCUCGACGUCCUUCUUCAGCAGCCAAAAACCUGUUGCCCAAACUAAAACCUUUGUUAAUGCACGUGAAGUGAUGGAGUUCCUCACUCUGGAGCCUGGAGAAUACCUGAUUGUGCCGUCCACCUUGAAACCCAAUGAGACAGCUUCCUUCCUCCUGACCAUCUUCUCCAGAGAGGAGACGCAGUGCUAUGAAAACUCUGGACGCAGUUUUGAAAAGGUCAAGAAAGAGAAGAACGGAAAAGACGUUUCCAAUAACAAAAACUUCUCCCGCCAAUACUCUGACAAGUAUGAAGACGUCGAUGCUGAGCAGCUGCAGAAGCUUCUAAAUGAGAACCUUCUGAAAGGAAUCGUCCAAACAGGAGGCUUCACCAUCGAUGCGUGUCGCAGCAUGGUCGCUCUCAUGGACGUAUCCUGUUAGCGUGUAACCGUGACUUUAUUAGACUUCCUGUCCUAGAGU